AAAUUAAUGUUUUUAUUACUUUUAUUUUUUUAUUUCGUUUUAAAUACCACACUCAUGACUGACGUUUUUAGUAUGGGAAGUCUUAAUGUUAAUGGAGCAAGGGAGGCAAAAAAAAGGGCACUCAUUUACGAGACUUUUAAAACAAAACAAUUGGAUGUCCUUUUUCUACAAGAGACCCAUAGUUGUUGUGAGAACGAGGGAGUGUGGAGAAGGGAAUGGGAAGGAGAGGUAGUCCUGAGCCACAACACCAGUCUCAGUGAAGGAGUGGGCUUCCUCUUCUCGAGGAGUUUCUCUCCAGUCUCCAUGGAGGUCGAGCAUAUUAUUAUGGGGAGGUUGCUUUUAAUUAAAGCACGGUUUGAGCAAUUUAAUGUGUUUUUUCUAAAUGUCUAUGCUCCAACCAACGGUACAGAGAGGAAGCUGUUUUUAGAAAAAAUAGCAGAUGAAUUAAAUAGGUGCAACUCUGAGGAUUAUUUAUUCUUGGGUGGGGAUUUUAAUUGUACAGAAAAUGCGGCAUUGGAUCGCAACCAUGCAGAGCCACAUCCAGCCUCUCAACAUGCACUGAGGCUGCUGGUCUAUUAUCAUGGCCUGGUGGACGUGUGGAGAAGGAUGCAUGCAGACUGCCGACAGUACACAUGGUCCCACCUCAGAGAGGGUAGGAUCUCCUUAGCUAGGCUUGAUCGUUUUUAUGUUUUUAAGCAUCAUUUUAACAUUUUUAAAAUGUGUAAAAUGAUGCCCACUGGUUUUAGUGAUCAUUCCUUGCUUGGAUGUCAUGUUUUAAUUAGAGAUUUGAAGCCAAAAAGUGCACAUUGGCAUUUUAACUGUGUUUUAACAUUGGACAGAAAGUUUAAGGUUGUGUUCGUUUUUUUUUGGGGUGUUUUUAGGCAGACAAAGGGGGAUUUUAGUAGUCUUCGGCAGUGGCGGGACCAUGGAAAGACUCAAAUUCAGCUUCUGUGUCAGCAGCACACCCUCAAUGUCUCACAGGACAUCACUAGGUCUAUGAAGGACUUGGAGACUGUUAUAGUGGAGCUGGAGAAGAUGAGUGAGUCAUCUGGAGAACGGGGAUAUAUUGAAAUCCUCAAAGAAAAAAAGCUAGCUUUAGCUAACCUGCUGGACACCAAGGUACAGGGUGCGUUAAUCAGGUCCCGAGUUCAGAACAUCUCUGAGAUGGACGCUCCCUCUAGCUUCUUCUUCGGCCUGGAGAGGAGGAACGGACAGAGGCGUGUAAUCCACACACUGCUCUCAGACACAGGCCAGGAGCUGACAGAGCCGGGGCAGAUAAGAGCAAGGGCUGUUGAGUUCUAUUCCUCCCUCUACUCUUCGGAGUAUGAGGAGAAGGACACAUUGGAGGGGUUCUGCACUGGGCUACCUCAGGUCUCUAUUGAGACCAACUCGCAGCUGGAGAGGCCUCUGCGCAUUGAGGAGCUGCUUGCCACCCUGCAGAGCAUGCAGGGGCGGAGGGCUCCCGGCAUCGACGGUCUGACGGUGGAAUUUUACAAAGCAUACUGGGAAAUUUUAUCCGCAGACUUAUUCAAUGUUUUUAACGAGAACCUGGCCUGCGGCUCUAUGCCAAUGUCCUGCCGUAGAGCAGUCAUCACGCUGCUCCCGAAAAAGGGGUAUUUGCAGGACAUUAAGAACUGGCGGCCUGUGUCUUUGCUUUGUGUGGAUUACAAGCUUCUGUCCAAAGCCUUCGCCAACAGGCUGAGGGAAGCUAUGGAGCAGUCCAUCCAUCGGGACCAGACGUACUGUGUGCCCGGCAGGUCCAUGGUAGACAAUGUCUGCCUGAUUCGGGAUGUCUUGGAGGUCUCUAAGUCUAUUGGCAUUGGUACUGGUUUGAUUUCCCUAGAACAGGAAAAGGCAUUAGACCGCGUUGAACACAACUUCCUCUGGAAAAUUAUGGAGAAAUUUGGGUUCAGCGCUGGGUUCAUAGCCAAGAUCAAAGUUUGGUGAGGUUGAGAGUGUGCUGAAAUUUAACGGCGUUCUGUGUUCUCCUUUUAGAGUGUGUAGAGGUGUCAGGCAGGGCUGUGCUCUGUCCGGGAUGCUCUAUGCACUCUCCCUAGAACCCCUCCUCAGCAAAAUCCGCUCCAGCCUACAAGGUCUGGUUUUACCUGAUUUUAAUGAGAACAUUGUUUUAUAUGCGUAUGCUAAUGAUGUCAUUGUUUUUACUAGGGACCAAAGGGAUGUGGAUAUUUUAAUAUUUUUUAGUAUUAUUAGUGAUUUUACAGCAGCUUCGGAAGCAAGGGUUAACUUGGCAAAGAGCGAGGCCCUUGCUGUCGGUGAAUGGCAUGGCGGUCUCCCAGUUCUUCUCCAAAAUUUGACCUGGAGGAAGGAUGGUCUAAAGUACCUUGGUGUCUUUCUCGGGGAGGAAACCAUUGUCCAGAAGAACUGGGAGAAUGUCACGGGAAAAGUUGAAGCUAAACUGAAAAAAAUGGAAAUGGCUACUGCCCCAAAUGUCUUAUAGGGGUAGAGUCCUGGUUUUAAAUAAUCUAGUAGCCUCCCAACUGUGGCACCGUCUUGCGUGUGUUGACCCUCCCUCAGGCUUACUAGCCCAAAUCCAAAGGAAGAUGGUGGAUUUUUUCUGGGAUGGGUUGCACUGGGUGCCACAGGGAGUGCUGUUUUUAUCUAGAGAGGAGGGGGGACAGGGCCUCAUCCACCUGGCCAGCAGAACAGCCACAUUUAGAAUUCAGUUUUUGCAAAAGUUUCUGUCUGGGCCGAGAGACUUGGUGUGGAGGAAUGUGGCCAGCUGCAUUCUCAGACGUGUGAGUAACCUGGGGCUGGAUACUGCUCUGUUUUUAACUGAUUCUAAAUUCUUAAAAUUAAGUGGGUUACCUCUGUUUUAUCAGGGUGUUUUUAAGUCAUGGGCCCUUUUUAAUCAUAAACCGUGUCAAGAAGCUAACUCCAGGCUGGACAUCACCAAUAGUACCACCCCCGGCCUGACGGGGGCACUGUGCAGCUCAGGGACCGUUUGCCUGCAGCAGCUGUUGGACGUAGUGGGGCCAGCGCUGGACAAUGCUGGGGCCCUGGGCAUUCUGCUGGGCCUUCGUUUCACACAGAGUGGCUGGGAGACUCCUGGAGCUAUGGAGGCAGAGGCUGACCAUUGAGGAGAAAAGACUUCUGGUGGACUACAACGUAGGGGGAGCCACACCAGACUCCGCUGACCCCUUCCCUGAUGUCCACCUGAGCCCCAUGGUAGGGGAGCUGACAGGCCCCUUGCUCACCCCCUGUUGCCCAGAUAAGCUCUCCAUGAACGAGGCCGACAAAAAAACGAUUUAUGCAAACUGCGUAAAAGGCAUCAACCGAGCCGGGCUGAGCAAUCGCCCCCCCACUGUGUGGACCAACAGGUUAGGGGGGCGCAUUGGGCCCGGCCCACAGUGGAAGUCGUUUUAUAAACCUCCCCUAAAGAAGCGAACUGCCGACCUCCAGUGGAGAAUUUUACAUGGCGCCAUCGCCUCCAAAUGCUUUUAUUUCUGUUCUUAAUCCAGUUGUUUUUAACACAUGUCCUUUUUGAUAUCUUCGUGAGACUGUUUUUUACUGUUUUUCGAGUGUAGGAGGCUCGCACAGUUUUACACUCUUUUAGCAUUGGUUUUUAAUUUGUUUGGUGUCAACUUCUCUGAGAAUGUCUUUAUCAUGGGGGCUGUGUACAAAAAAUAAGGAAAAGACAAGUGGCAAUUAUUAAAUUAUCUCUCGGGGGAAGCAAAAAUGGCAAUCUAUAUUCGUAGGAAAAACCGUGUGGAAAACAGAGAAGGACAAGAUUCACGCACAGUCUGGCUAUGUAACAUCUGGGCCAGGCUGUGGCUCGAGUACACGUUAUAAGAAAAAGAAUCCCCAAUAAGAAUAUUGGGGAUUUGGACACUUUUAAAAAUCGCUGGUGCUAUAAAACCAU